AAUUCCAUCAACAUAAAGACAUUGACUCAUAACUUUCCUAUGAUAAUAUGGACCUCUCCCUUCUACUCAAAACCACAAUCACUUUUCAUCUCUUUUCACUCAUCUCUCAUACCAUGAACUACACAACAUGUCAUACACACAAUUGUGAACAAGCCAAAGAAUUCAGUUUCUGGACCCAAAAAUGUGGUUGUGAUACUAUUCAACUUGGAUCUGCCAAUGAAACAGAGUUUCAACAAACACAAAAAAUAAAAAAUCUUAUAUUUCAGAAUAGUAACCAUCAUUGUUCUUCAAUAGUUUCAGAAUCUCUAAGGAGCAAAGAUAUUUUAGAAGGAAAGAAUGAAGUUAUGGAGAUGAUAAAAGACAUGCCUGAAUCAAGCUAUGAACUCUCUUUUCAAGACAUGGUUAUUGAGCAGCAUCAAAUGCCACUACCAGAAACAGAACACAAACAACUGGAGAAUAAGCAGAAGAAGGUUAAGAAUAAGAAAGAAAACAAAAGCAAUAAGAUGUUGAGAGUUGAAAGUAUGGACAGUGAAACCUUUCUACUCAAGAUGUUUUUUCCAACUUUUGAUUGGAUGAAGAAGCCUAAAGUGCAAAAUGGUUCCAUUAAACAAAAAGAUAAAGAUUGGAGAAUCAAAAGAUUUUUCACUCAAGAUACACAAAAUAGUGGCAGCAACAAUAAUAAAAACAGGAAUGUUGAUCGGAGCUUAUCAUUCUCACAAGGUUGCUUCCCAUUCUUUCUUCAAAUAAAAAGCAAAGUAAAGAAACUUGGAGGAGGAUUAACUUCUUAAAUUAUUACUAUACUUUUGUUAUGUUGUAACAUCUUGGGGUGCCAUGGAAAUUAAUUCAAGAAAUGUAAAAUAGAAGAUCAAGGCAUGAAGAAUUAAUUGUAGAGGAAGAUAUUAAAUGUGUGAUUGCAUUGACACAAUUUUUGCAAAAGCUACAUUUUGAAGCUUCAACAAAUCUACGCUUUGGAUUUAUUAUUGAA